CAGCCCAGACGCGCGCGCACGCCGCCCUCCCCGCUCGCGGGCAACGGCCGGGGCGCGCGCCCGAGGGCGGUCUCAGCCGCAGAGCUCGCGAGAGGACAUGGCAGCGGCCGCGAGCGGGGAAAUGUGCUGAAACAGACACUAUAAAAGGAGGAUAAAAAUACAAGGGCAGUAGUUGAAUUUGUACUGAUGAAUGUAUUCUUGAGAAUUCUGCAGUAAGAUAUAAAUAACUGCAAGUGGUGAGAGUGACAGCAAUACUUGCUAACGUGUAAUACCGGGGAACAGGACCAAAAGCAAAAUUGAUCAGUUUUUAUCAACUGUAGCGUGAUUGAGACCACUUGCUCUCCCUGUCUUCAGACCAUUUUAACACAAUGGAUCACCUGGGGACAGCAGAUGCUGAGGAUGACUCUGGUUCCCUAACCCGGCUUGCUCCUAGUCCUCACAGCGAAGCAGUUGCGCAUGAGUUCAAGGAACUCUCCUUGCAACCCAGUCAGUACUUACCUCCCCUCAAUGAACGGAAGAAUGUACUUCAGCUGAGGCUACAACAAAGACGGACACGAGAACAGCUGGUGGACCAGGGCAUCAUGCCACCUUUGAAAAGUCCAGCUGCAUUCCAUGAGCAGAUAAAGAGCCUGGAGCGAGCCAGGACUGAAAAUUUUUUGAAGCACAAGAUUCGCAGCAGACCAGACCGGUCUGAGCUGGUCAGAAUGCACAUCCUUGAAGAGACCUUUGCAGAGCCUUCACUACAAGCCACUCAGAUGAAAUUGAAAAGAGCUCGUCUGGCAGAUGAUCUGAAUGAGAAGAUCGCUCAGAGGCCUGGCCCUAUGGAGCUGGUAGAAAAAAAUAUUCUGCCUGUAGAUUCCAGUGUUAAAGAAGCAAUUAUAGCAGUUGGACAAGAGAAUUAUCCUCAAGGGUUGGAUGAUUAUUCAUUUGAUGAAGACAGCAGUGAUGCUUUAUCACCAGAUCAGCCAGCCAGCCAAGAAUCCCAGGGUUCUGCAGCUUCCCCUGGUGAGCCAAAAACAAGGGACACACCAUCACCAGUAACACAAAAUGCCACUACUUCAACACAGUAUCCACCUUUAACCUCUCCAGUUCCUGAAUUCCUCAAAACUCCCCCUACAAUCGAACAACAGGUUACAUGGUCUACAGCUACAACCACCGUGACCACAAAUACUGUAUCUGCAGCAAAGCCUGGGCCAACAUUAGUGAAGCAAAGCCACCCAAAGAACCCAAAUGAUAAGUAUCGGAGCAAGAAAUGUAAGGAACCUAAGCCAAGGGUGAAAAAAUUGAAGUAUCAUCAAUAUAUUCCACCUGAUCAGAAAGGUGAGAAGAACGAGCCACAGAUGGACUCCAACUAUGCUCGUUUGCUACAACAGCAGCAACUGUUUUUGCAGCUGCAGAUCCUGAGCCAACAACAACAACACUACAACUACCAGGCAAUUCUACCUGCACCGCUGAAGCCACUGAAUGACAAACAGAAUAACAAUGGGAAUACGCCACUGAAUACUUUGAACAACAAUACACAAACAUCAGCUGCCAACUCACCAAGACAAAACAGUAAUAUUCCUAGCAGGAAACCAGGACCUCUACCAUCAAGCUUGGAUGACUUGAAGGUAGCAGAGCUUAAAAUGGAGUUGAAAUUGAGGGGAUUACCAGUGUCUGGAACAAAAACAGAUCUUAUUGAGCGUCUGAAACCAUAUCAAGAUCUUAAUAACAAUGGAGUCACUACUACUAGCUCUGUUACAGUAACUACUACUACUGGGGCCACAGGUAUCACUGGGGAAGUGGCUGUAGCAUUUCCUGUUGCAACACUAAAUAAAACAGUGGCUAAUACGGUAUCCAGCUUUCCUUCAGAAAAAACAACUACUGGACCUGGCUGCAAAGUGGUAAAUGCUGAAAACAUUAGCUCUCCUUUGCCUAUAUCUCCCUCUCCUUCAGAACAAUCUAAUCUAAGCACAGAUGAUACAAGUAUGGCAGAUACUUUCACAGAAGUGAUGACCAUGAUGUCUCCAUCCCAGUUCUUAAGUACUUCACCACUAAGAGCAAAUACAAGUGAUGAUAAUCAGAAUCGCAGCAGUGGAAGCAUCUCAAGCAUGGAGUUUGAUGUAGCAGAAAAGGACCGCAAGCUUCAAGAGAAAGAAAAACAGAUUGAAGAGCUCAAAAGGAAACUGGAACAAGAGCAAAAACUUGUGGAGGUACUGAAAAUGCAACUUGAGGUUGAAAAGAGGGGACAACAGCAACACUCUCAGACUUCUGGUAACUCAGCUGCUUUGGAACAGAAGCAAUUCAGUGCUGCUGUCAAGGAUGAAAAUGCUCUUACUGACUGCUUGAGCACAAGCCAAUCUGUAUCUGCAGCUAGUCAUUCUUUAGGACAAUCGGUAUACACUAGUGGCCAGAAUCCAAUUGCCAAAAAGGCAGUUGUUAUCAAGCAGGAGAUACCCGUGGCUAAAGCUGAACCUCAGAAUGCCAUUUCUCAAUUUUAUGUUAAUCCCCAGAGGCAGCCACAAACUGCAGCUUUACUGACUACCCAAGGAACUGCACAACUACUCCUUCCACUAUCUAUCCAGGGACCGAAUUCUACCACUUCAGUGCAGCUACCAGUUGGAAAUAUAAAGUUACAGGCUCAAUCACAAGCUGGAAUACAGACCCCAUCACAAAUACCUGCUCCUAUUCCUUCCUCUGGCCUGGGCCAGACAGCACCUCAGAUGCAUACUCCACAAUCAAAACCAAACACCAUCACGCAGCAUGCACUUGGUCAGACCCAACAAAUCAGAAAGGUUUUUCCACCUACCACAUCCAAUACAGUAUUUUCCUAUCAGACUGCACCAGUUACAACACCUUCACAAUCUUUUAUUAAUAAAACAUCAAAUUCUAACAUUCAUACUGGCAGCAAUCAGGCUCCGUCUGUGCAGAAUGGACCUGCUACUCCUAGUAAGCCUGGCUCUCCUUCUCAAGCCCAGCCUUAUAUCGUUCAGCAAUCUCUCUUCAACAACACAGUAUCCAAGACAAAAGACCCCCCCCGUUAUGAAGAGGCUAUAAAACAGACCCGAAAUAUUCAGACAUCUCACCGUGAGAUUUCCAGUGCACACAGUCAGCAGAUGGAUGAUCUUUUUGAUAUUCUCAUCAAGAGUGGAGAGAUUUCCCUUCCAAUAAAGGAGGAACCAUCUCCCAUUUCGAAAAUGAGACCAGUAACAGCCAACAUCACUACAAUGCCAGUGAACACAGUGAUAUCCCGCCCCCCACCCCAAAUCCAAAUGGCCCCUCCUCCUGUGUCCUUAGAGCCAACAACCAGCUUGUCUAUAAGUCUGGAAAAUCAGCUUGAAGCCCUCUUGGAUGGAACUUUAACUUCAGGUAAUGAAAUUCCUCAAUUGACAAGCAGCAGUGAAGAUAGAGAGUCAUUUUCUUUAAUUGAAGACCUCCAGAAUGAUCUGCUUAAUCACUCCAGCAUUUUAGAUCACUCUCAUUCACCCAUGGAAACAUCUGACCCACAUUUUACCACUAAUAAUUCUUGUUUAUCUCUUGACCUUCCUGAUACAAAUUUAGACAAUAUGGAAUGGCUAGACAUUACAAUGCCCAGCUCCUCGUCUGGACUCACCCCUCUCAGUUCUACUGCUCCCAGUGUGUUUUCGACCGACUUUCUAGAUCCACAAGACCUGCAGUUGCACUGGGAUUAAGCUAUAGCCAAUGAGAAUGUGACCUGCAAAUCUCUUUACAGCAGAGGUCCACUAUAACACUAUUCUGAUUGCAGUUAAGAUAAUUAAGAUAGCAGUGUUUGGAAGAACAAAUGCUUGAAAGUAAUUCCUUAUUGAUGUUCAAGUUUACAAUGGUGAAUUACUUUAUGUUCCUAUCAUUAAUGCAGAUCAGGGCCCUCUGAAAGCUGUAUUUCACAAGUCAAGAAAGGAUGAUUGUGCUUACUGAUUAGAAGUACCCCAUGGGAAACUCAUCACAAAUAUAUAUGAAAAGUUAUGUCUCUGAAUUUGUAAUGCUUAAAUGAACAACAAUGUGGAUAAUCUUAGAGAAGAAAAAGUGAGACUCAGAUGUCUCUAUUGACCCAGUGAGAUGUCGUUUGAAGGAGGGUGAGGUAUCACUGCACUUCAUUGUUCCUGUGGAUAGCCUGAGCCAGGUUCAAAAUGAAUUGUGAGGGCAAAGGCAAGUAGAAGCACUGGCUGGUUCAGUGAAAUUUCAUAUCUCUAGUCUCUAAAUUUGUUCAAGUUUUUUUAUAUUUUGGUUUUGUGGUUUUUAAAACUCUUCCCCCAUUCGUUAUUCACGAGGGAAGAAUUUAACUGCAUCCAAAGGGAUAUUAAGUGUAACUGCAAGAAAUCCGCUGUAGCUAGGCCAGGUAAUAUUGAGAACACUGAAUUUUCUAUUGCAAUGUUCUGGAUUUAAUAGCUAGGCUUUAAUGUGUAUAUCAGACAGUUGUUUGUGUACUCUUUUAAACUUUGUAUAGCUUAUUUAUGUGAACAGAGGGGAACAGUGGUCUGUAAGCAACAGAUUACCAUAAUGAAAAUAAUAAAUAUCCUAAUUUAAUUUGUCAUUGAGGAUAUUUGUUAGUUCAUUGAAUACAGUAUCUCAGCAUAUUAGAAGAUUUGGAGGAAGUAGAAAAGUUUAAUUAAUGCGGUUAUGCUCUAUGAUCCUGCAAACAUCUGUGCAAGAACAGUCCCAAUGCCCUCAGUGAAGGAUAUUUGUAGGAUCAGGCCAAGCUGCAGGACAGUACUGACAGGACAACCAUCAUUUCUAACAAUCUGUAUCUAUUGAAUAGCCUUGUCUACCACUACAUAGCAUCAGGGAGGCUAAACAGAAGUUGCUCAGUAAGAAUCCUAAAUAGCACACACUUACAGAAAAUUAUAAAAGGAAAAUAAGCAGUAUCAGGAUAUACUCUUUUGGGACGAGAAGGCAUAUUUCAUACAUAUAGACAACAGUGGAAAUAAAGUUCUUACCUCAUAGCACAGCACGUAGAAAUACACUUUUAAGCUCUGAGUUGUUGUUUCUCAGUCUAUUAUGAAAGUAGUCAGGAAAAAAAAUAAUAAAAAAGCUAGUAUAAGCAAAAUACUUCAGAAUUCCAUAGUUGUGUCUCAGGUGAUAGCUGUUAAAUGUUGUCAUGGAUGACGUAGGCUUAUAAUCAAAUACAAUCUGAAUUAUUCCAUGAAGGAAUUUCUAAAUUAAGAGAAAAGGAAACAGUCCCCUAUUUCAUGAACAAUUGAAAGGAAGUAUGUAUUCAAGUGUGAAAACUGAUCUUAUUUCAGAACACUUUCCUCAACACCAAACUUCAAAAGCCAAAGUUCUGUAGGAACAAAAUUAGAAAUGGCAUGAAGCUUUUGCUUACUUAUUGGAGAAACAAAAUGUAUCAAACAGUACCAAAACAAAAAGUACCUUUUAACUGCUUAGUAAUCUGUAACAGAUAAGAAAAAAAAAAAUCAUGUUAAUAUCAAAGUAAAUACUUUUGUCAUAAAAUUUUGUGGAAUUAUCUGCAAGUUCUGUGUCUCCAGAUAACCAGUGUGGUCUGUUUUACCGAUGUUAGAAAAUUCCAUUGACUUCAGAUAAAUUACUGAAUUAUAUCAAUGAUUGAGGGUUUCAAGUGGCAUCCCAUCAGCCACCUGCACUUUAUAUCAUUAUAUAUCUUCAGUAGUUUUACUGGCCAGGAUUUACUUUAAGGACAGAAAAACAAUCUAUCAAGAUUUCAACUACAAAAGCUGAAAGACUUUUGUCUUUCAUUGUCUUGUCCAUUCUUGCUGUGCCUACUAUACUUGAGUACAAUAUCAUGUGUGGACUGUCUGCCUUAAAUUUUGAUGCUGUAUGAUUCUUUAAUAACAUUAGACAUAUAGAUCCAACUUUUUGCAUUCCUUUUCAUCAUAUUAUCUAGGGAGCUAAUACUCUGAGAUACUAAGUGCCCUCAGCUGUUACUAAAAUAAGAAUUAAAGACUCUUGGUCUGAUAGGAACAACUCUGAAUGAAAUUUAUAUUGUUCUACAGUACCAUCAAUGUAUUACAUGUAUGUAUGGUUAGAAUGACCCCUUUUUGACCCUGCCUCCUGUUUAAAUAAGAGGCAAGUAAAUUUAUUGCUAGAGGAUAAAUUAACCUAGAGCAACUGUACUGUCAUUUUUUAAGUGCAUGUAAAUAUUGCUUAAAACUGGCAAAGUCAUCUUGCUACAAAACUAUCCUCACUUGGCAGUGUAGAAUGUUAAUUAAUCCAUAGGAAUCUAUGUGCAGAAAUAAACUAAAACAGCUGAGAUGUGUUGUUACCAGUACAAUAUAGCUUUCUUACUCUAAAAGUGAAUUUGCAAAAAUAAUAAUAAUAAUUAAAAAAAUUAAGGGAUCAUUUUAGUUUUUAAAGUACAAAUACUCUAGUGUAGGGAAUGUGUGAUUUUUUUUUUUCUUUUUUUGUAUAUUUCAGGGUUAUGUAUUAAAAACUUAUAUAUAAUGGUUUGCUGUAGACUUUGUUCUGGAAUGUGAUAUAUUUGCCAUAGUUAUAUACGCUGGUUAUGGCAGAAAUAGAUUUUGCUUAGAUCUCUGUGUGUGCAUGUUUUACAUGACAGUUUUUGUAAUACAAAUACAAUACAUCUUAGAAAUGUAAUCAUGACUGUGCAGUUUGACUGUACAGAAGUGAAUAUUUCUCAUUAAGAGAACAGUUGCAAAGGAAUGCACUGGCAUUAAAUUUGCCAUAAAAUGGCUGCAAUAUGCUAACAGAGGAUGUAAUAUUAAAUGUGCUGUUAGUAAAUGCUUUCAAAGUAAUUAAGAAUACCGUUUUAUCAGUGUGAAAUUCAAAAGUUGGUGUUUACACUUCUAGACAUGGAGAAAGCUUGGCCAUGUUUUGCAGGGCUAAUGUUAAUCAAGAAGAAUAGCAUUCUGCAUUUAAUACAGAAAUGGUAUUUGUUACGCACAUUUAGUGCCAUACAGAAUUAGUUAAGGCAACUAAGUUUACAGUCAAAAUUUUAUUUAACGUUACAAAUAGUUAAGGAAUAGUUGACGUAAAUUUAGCAGUUGCAUUUGAGAAUAAAAUCAGUUUAUGCAGUUGUUCUUUACAGAAAUAUAGGGUCUAUUCCAGCAGUAUGGGCUUGCAGAAUUCGCCCGUUAAAAAACUGAGGCCACAGCUUUUAGAAGCAAUCAAUACUUAAUACUGAAAUUUCUUUUAAAGGUAAUUCACCAACAGGGUUUAUCUGCAGGGAAGCAGGUGAUCAAAACAGAAGUUUCAGUUACAUAAUCUCAAACAUUCAGUUGCCUGAAAAGUGUAGGCACCAUAAUUGGAAACCAAGCACAAGCUGUUGAACUGUUUUCAAGGCAGAGAAAAUGCAAUCACAGAAUACAAUUAACUGGAAGGGCAUUAUGUAAUCAAAACACAAUAAAGCUCACUGAUGUAUACAAUUAUUUGGAUGGCAUCUUCAGUAUAUUAUAAACUUAGAGCAAAUUCUAUUAAAACUGGAAAAAAAGAUCUUCCACUUAUCUCUAGUAAACAUUUUGUUGAAUCUCUUUAUUUUGUGGUCUCUUAAAUUGCCUUUUGAUGAUUUCUAGGCCACAGUACAGGUUUUUAUUUUGCAUGAGAUACGUGGAAUGUACAUGCAUAUAGUAUAUACAUGGCCAAUAAAGAGUAUCCUUUAAAACCUGAAAUAAUCUCAAAUACUCCUUUUACUUGCUAAAAAAAAAUAUAUAUAAAGUGUAAAAGAGAGACACCUACAUCAUUCUGUAGUGUCUAAUACUGAAUAUAUAGACAUUUAACUUAAAAGCGCAUGAAUGCAUUUUUAGAAAUCUAGCCAAAAAAGCCAUUCUAGCUAUGAGAGCAAAUUCUCACUAAGAGGCAGGGAAUGGUUAACAACUAUAUAAUCACACUAUUUUUAUAUAUAUAUAUAUAAAAAAAAACAGUUCAGAUAUUCAAAAGAUGGUCUAAAUUAAAUUAUACUAAUAUAAAAAUUUAAAUAGGAACCAAAGCAUUGCCAUUUAUAUUGCCAAAGGAGUCACUUUGUAUUUUGAAGCAUAGGAAAGUAAAUCCCCGGAAGUAUUACCCAUACUUUUUUUUAAAUUAAGGAUGUAGAUAAUUUUCAAAGCUGUUUUUGAUGUUUAACAGUACAGAUCUGUUUUUGUUGUUUGAGAAAUUUGUAUUAAGUACUAGCACAGGCUUUUUUUCCAGAUAGGAUUUUCUUCACAGUACUGCUUGCAGUAGAAAUAACGCUAACCCUAGUAGGUGUUUCUCUUCUUAUUUUCAUAGUCAUAACUAUGUCUUAGCAUCUCAUUUUGUGAAAAGAAGAAGAUAGAUACCUGUUUCUAGGGCCAUAUUCAUUUAAGCACUACUUUACUAAAUGCAAAUUAUGGCAAUCAGGGCAUCAGUUUAUGUAUUGCCUUUCUAUAAGAAACCACGAUGCCUUCAUAUUUGCUGUUUGCACCCCUAAAAUCAAUUCCAUAUGUUUGAAUGCCAUAUGUUUUGCACAUUGUACUGUAUAUAUGUAAUGCAUACUGUAUUUUUAUAUGUGUAGUACAUUUAUCAAAUAUUUUGUACAUAGUGGCAAUAUUGUAGCUACUGAGGAAAUGUUUGAUAUUUCAGCAUUUUUGCUAAGUGUCUCAAAUAAAAAAUGAAAA